AUGGCUACUUUACCAGGAACGGUUCCUCGAAUGGUUCGGCCAGCACCGGGCCAGAACUACCCUCGCACUGGAUUUCCCCUGGAAGUGUCCACCCCGCUGGGCCAGGGUCGAGUGAACCAGCUCGGCGGCGUGUUCAUCAACGGGAGGCCUUUACCGAACCACAUCCGACACAAGAUCGUGGAGAUGGCGCACCACGGUAUCCGGCCCUGCGUCAUCUCCCGACAGCUGCGCGUUUCUCACGGCUGCGUCUCCAAAAUCCUGUGCCGCUACCAGGAGACGGGCUCGAUCCGGCCUGGGGCUAUAGGGGGGAGUAAACCCAGGCAGGUGGCCACGCCCGACGUGGAAAAAAGGAUUGAGGAAUACAAGCGUGAAAACCCGGGCAUGUUCAGCUGGGAGAUCCGCGACAAACUGCUGAAGGACGGAGUGUGUGACAGAAGCACGGUUCCUUCAGGUGAGGCCUCAUCUGUGAGUUCCAUUAGCCGGGUUUUGAGAGCACGUUUUGGAAAGAAGGAUGAUGAUGAUGAUUGCGAUAAGAAGGAUGAAGAUGGAGAGAAGAAAACGAAGCACAGCAUCGACGGCAUUUUGGGAGACAGAGGCCACCGCACAGAUGAGGGUUCGGAUGUGGAGUCGGAGCCGGAUCUGCCUCUGAAGAGGAAACAGAGACGCAGUCGCACCACGUUCACUGCUGAGCAGCUGGAGGAGCUGGAGAAGGCCUUCGAGAGGACGCACUACCCCGACAUCUACACCCGAGAGGAGCUGGCUCAGAGGACCAAACUCACUGAGGCUCGCGUACAGGUGUGGUUUAGUAACCGACGAGCCAGAUGGCGCAAACAAGCAGGAGCCAAUCAGCUGGCAGCAUUUAACCACCUGUUACCUGGAGGAUUUCCUCCUACCGGAAUGCCUACACUGCCAACUUAUCAACUUCCAGAGACCACCUAUCCCAGCACCACCCUCUCCCAGGAUGGCAGUGGCACACUGCAUCGACCUCAACCUCUCCCGCCCUCCUCCAUGCACCAGGGUGGGCUUUCGGCCGAUAGUAGCUCCGCCUAUGGCCUCUCGUCCAAUCGCCACACCUUCUCCAGCUACUCGGACACCUUCAUGACCCCGUCAGCUUCGAGCAACCACAUGAACCCGGUCAGCAACGGGCUCUCCCCACAGGUGAUGAGUAUCCUGAGCAACCCCAACGCCGUGCCGUCUCAGCCGCAGCACGACUUCUCCAUCUCACCGCUCCACAGCAGCCUGGACGCCUCUGGAUCCAUCUCAGCCAGCUGCAGCCAGCGCUCGGACACCAUCAAGAGCGUGGAGAGCCUGUCUUCAUCCCAAUCCUACUGCCCUCCCACUUACAGCACCACCAGCUACAGCGUGGACCCAGUAACAGCCGGAUACCAGUAUAGCCAGUAUGGCCAGAGUGCAGUGGACUACCUGGCUAAAAACGUCAGUCUGUCCACCCAGAGGAGGAUGAAGCUGGGAGAUCACUCCGCAGUACUCGGGUUGCUGCAGGUGGAGACGGGACAGGCCUACUGAUCAUCUCACACACACACACACACACACACAGAGCCAGAAGUCCCUGGUUUUUAAGCAAGAACUUGUCUGAUAAAGCAGAUGAGGCUUUGUU